CUGUGAAGCGAAGAGGGAGGGAAGAUGGUUUACAUCUCGAAUGGACAAGUGUUGGACAGUCGGAGUCAGUCCCCUUGGAGACUAUCAUUAAUAACAGAUUUCUUCUGGGGAAUAGCCGAGUUUGUGGUUUUGUUUUUCAAAACUCUGCUUCAGCAAGAUGUGAAAAAGGGAAGAGGCUACAGAAACUCGUCUGAUUCCAGAUAUGAUGAUGGAAGAGGGCCACCAGGAAACCCUCCCCGAAGAAUGGGUCGAAUCAGUCAUCUUCAUGGUCCCAGCCCUCCUCCGAUGGCUGGUGGAUGAGGAAGGUAAAUGUCUGCUGUAAGAAGCAGACAACUAGACAUACACAUUCAUAGCAGAAGGAAACCAUCAAAAAGUGGAGGUCUGACCGUGCUGGACAAGUAGAUGAAUGUGUAUGUCUCAACAAGGAUUGCUCUGUGUUCUCACAGAUAAAUGAGGUCAUGCCAGGAAUUCUCUCUUCAGGGAUCUGGCUUGACUGAUAAUGCAGUUCUAUAAAUACAUAUGUUUGUCUCAUUGUCUUUUUUGUAUAGUUUAUUAAAGUAUUGGUAUAAUUUUAAUAAAUAUUUUUAGGUUGCAUACUGACCCUUCAUCUUUAUAUAAUUAAAUCACAGAAACUCUGAACCUGAAGAAAAUAAAUAAAAGGCUGUGUAUUUAGUACUAUUGGUGUCCCCUUUUUUCAAUUUCUGAAGCACUGUUCACUGUUCAUUUGGUCUCAUUUAUAAAUAAAUUGCUAUAUUUCAGUAGUA